GCAUUUUGACUUGGCUAAAAAAAUGUAAAUAGUAUAUUUAGUAGGGACGCCAUUGAUCUAUUUUGUGCUAACCGAGUUGCAUCCCUCUCUUCGUGUCUUGACUCACAGUCACACACUACACUCUCAGUAUUUUUUGUUAGUGUGUGUUUUUUGUUUGAGUAGAAACUAAUUUUCUGGGACCCAACGCCAUUGAAGUCUGAUUCUGCUGCACUCUGUCCCUGUCAUCAGAUUUUUGGAGGUGUUUUGAUAACUGGAUGAAGGAUGGUUGCAUUCGGCAAAAAGUUGAAACAAUUACAAAUUCAAGAGUGGGAAAGCUUCUACAUUAACUACAAGUUAAUGAAGAAGAAGGUGAAUCAAUAUGCUCGGCAAAUUGAGGUUUCAGAACACAAUCGCGAGUAUGUCCUCAAGGAUUUCUCACGAGUUCUUGAUAGCCAGAUUGAAAAGACUGUCCUGUUUUUACUCGAACAAGAGGGGCGUCUGGCAAGCAGGCUAUCCGUUCUAGGAGAGCAGCAUGAUGCCCUCGUUCAGCACGAUGCUGCUGCAAUGAUACCUGAACUGCAGGAAUCAUAUAGAGUUGUGGGGGAGGAGCUUCUAAAACUCUUGCAUUUUGUAGAACUGAACGCCAUUGGACUUCGCAAGAUAUUGAAGAAGUUUGAUAAGAGGUUCGGUUAUAAGUUCACUAAUCACUAUGUCAAGACUCGCGCGAGUCAUCCGUAUUCUCAGCUUAAACAGGUGUUUAAGCACGUGGGAAUCUCAGCUGUCGUUGGUACCUUAUCUCGCCACCUUGCAGAUCUCAAAGACCACCAGGGGACCUAUAUCUCGAUCUACGAUCAACCUGCUCUGUCCCUCCUGGAUCCUACUAUCGAGUCUAUCAAAGCAGCAGUCGAUCGUUUGUCAAAUACGACAGAUUUCCUUCAGUAUAUAGGGAAACACGCGCUUAUUCCAGAGGAGGAACCAACAACGACUGCAGACAAUGAUGUUGACGAACGAUAUCAUUUCAUGUCACUUCUUCUCAAUUUGGUGAACACAUUUUUGUACAUGGUGAAUACAUACAUCAUCGUUCCGACAGCAGACAGCUACUCGUUGAGCCUUGGAGCUGCAGCGACGACUUGUGGAGCUGUCAUAGGUUCGAUGGCCGUUGCACAGGUUUUCUCAUCAGUAUAUUUCAGUGCUUGGUCGAAUAAGUCAUAUUUGAAACCUCUCAUCUUCAGCAGCAUUGUCCUGUUCAUCGGGAACACCUUAUACGCUCUUGCUUAUGACCUCAACUCGAUACAUGUGCUUUUUAUCGGCCGUGUGUUUUGCGGAUUGGGGUCAGCGAGGGCUGUUAAUCGUCGUUACAUCAGUGAUUGUGUUCCUAUAAAGAUGCGUAUGAAGGCUUCUGCUGGUUUUGUCAGCGCAAGCGCUCUUGGAAUGGCGUGCGGCCCGGCUCUCGCCGCCUUGUUCCAGACCGACCGUACGAUUUUCUGGAUUACAUUGAAUGAAAAUACUCUGCCUGGUUGGGUAAUGGCUCUGGCAUGGCUAGUCUAUCUACUCUGGCUGUGUAUUUCGUUUCGAGAGCCUUGCAACGACAACAAGCUAAAUCCUCCUACGCGGAGGGAGACGAGCAAUGGGCUGGAAAAUGGUGCUUUAGAAAAUUCUGUAUCCGAGCUGUUGAUAGAGAAGCAGAACGACGGCCACAACGACGAAGACAAUGAGGAUGAUGAUGAAGAAUUCAACAACAAUGAGGAAGCAGAGGAAAGCCAUCAACCUGUGACAUCCAUUGUGUCUGCAUAUAAACUGCUUACACCUUCCGUUAAGGUACAGUUGCUAAUAUACUUCAUGCUCAAGUAUGCAAUGGAGGUUUUGCUGGCUGAAUCGAGCGUGAUCACCUCGUACUACUUCAUUUGGUCAUCGGGCAAAGUAGCUAGUUUCCUCGCCUGCCUCGGACUAACUGUCCUCCCAGUGAACGUUCUCGUUGGGAGCUACCUCAGCAAUGUGUUUGAGGAAAGACAAGUUUUACUGGCAGCGGAGAUCAUGGUAUGCAUUGGCAUCAUCUUCAGCUUCCAAGUAAUAAUCCCGUAUUCCGUUCCACAGUAUGUCUGCUCGGCUCUACUCACAUUCGUAGCUGCUGAAGUUCUCGAAGGUGUUAACCUGUCACUGUUAUCGCGGGUGAUGUCGUCACGGCUUAAGAGAGGGACGUACAAUGGGGGACUGCUGUCGACGGAAGCGGGAACUCUGGCUCGGGUGGUGGCCGAUGGGGCGAUUACGCUGGCCGGGUACGGGGGCAUGAAUAAGCUAUUGAAUGCAACUCUGCUGCCCUCAUUGUUGAUCUGUAUCUCCUCCAUUGUAGCUACUUGUUACACUUAUAACUCCCUCUACUGAGUCCGAAGAUUUUAUGCAAAUACGUAUACAUAAAUGUAAAUUUUCCUUGCUAAUC